GCCUGCGCCCUGAGACCUCCGCGCCAAGGACCAAUGAGCGUAGGAGAGGUCGGGCUGAAGGGCAGAGACUCGGUUUCCAGUUCCGGUGGCUGUGGUUUGUCCGUGCCUGUGCUACGUGUCCCUGUUGUCUGAGGAGGCGCUGGACAGGCAUCAUGGAUCAGGUAAUGCAGUUCGUUGAGCCAAGUCGGCAGUUUGUGAAGGACUCAAUUCGGCUGGUUAAAAGAUGUACCAAACCUGAUAGAAAAGAAUUCCAGAAGAUUGCCAUGGCAACAGCAAUAGGAUUUGCUAUAAUGGGAUUCAUUGGCUUUUUUGUGAAACUGAUCCAUAUCCCUAUUAAUAACAUAAUUGUUGGUGGCUGAGUACCUUUUAAGAAGAGUGUUUUUCAUCUUGGGAAUUGGUGAACAAGUGAGGAUUUGAGAAGCUCAUGAGUAAAAAUUUGCCUAUA